UACACGUAUUUGGCGGUCCGGAGCCAAGGAGGGGCAUCACCAAAGUAUAGUAUACUCGCUAUCGUGUGCAGAGAGAGUAGGGAGUAGUGGAUCCAAGCAACCACAGAAGGAGCAAAAGAGCCGCGUGCUCGCUAGAGACAGAAUCCGCAACGAUAGUUGUAGCACGCACGGCGUCUCGGUGCCCCACGCCACGACGCGCGCACCCGUAGUAGAGAGCCGCCUUUGUCUCUUCUCUCUCCACACCACGAAAACCCGAGCAUCAUAUUAUUCCUGAGCUAACUUCGGAUUGUUGUAAUAUCACGUUCGGUGCUGAAUUCUCACUUCAGUUUAACCAUCUAAGAUGUCGGACGACGGUUCGCCUGUGGUCGAAGACCAGAAGAAAAAGCGAGGACGACCAGCCAAGGCCGAUAAGGGUGCCGUGAAGGAAUCUAAGAAACGUGGAAGAGCAUCCUCUGAGAAGAAUAAUGUGUCCCGUCCAAUAAAGUCUGAUAAUGAGGACGACGCGCCACCUGUUCCAGUAAAGAGAGGUCGAGGUCGGCCCAAGGGUUCACAUAAGAAGAAGCAAGGACCACCAAAGGGUACGGCACCUUCCACGGGUCGUGGCCGUGGACGGCCGAAGAAGGUCGAAGAGAAGCCUGAAAGUACCGGUGAGGAGGAGGACGAGCAGGAGGAAGAGGAGGAGGAGGAAGAAAACUGAAGACACUCCUUUGAUCGUCGCCCUUAACCUCAAAAAACAUCCCGAGAGACACGCACCUCUAAACGGCUCCCUUUUCUCUUUUUUUUUCUUUAAUAAGUUUAAUCUCUACCACGUACUGCGAGGCACCAGGCGCCCGGAUACUGCGAUUUGCGAUUAUCGCGGUAUCAAGGCGUCUUUUUUCUUUGUAGGCCACGUGGAGGAAGGCAAGGAUCAAGAAUGAAAUCCAACGAGCACAGGGAAUAACUGGAAAAAUCAAAAGAUCAGAAUACAUUAAGAAAAUUUUUGUACAAUCACUCUGCACGGCAACAACAGUGAUACAUCAGGGUUGCUCUGCAGCGUUCACAGAAUGAACAUCUAGAUGACUCUGAGUAGAUAUACUUACCGUUUACUCCUUUAUUUCAUAUACAGGAGGACAAAUCAUCCGGAGUGCAUUCAGGAUGUUCAUUCUUAACGUAAUUUGAGCUACUGUCACCGAGAAGCGAACACUCCGUCUUAAAGGAAUAAAGAUACAAAGAGAGAGAGAGAGAGCACUCAAUAAUAAUACAGAUGGGAAGAGAAGGAGAGCACUGCCAGAGGGUGUGUAAACAACGCAAUGGGAAAAAUGAGG